AUGUUGUUGAUAGGCGAUAACACAGCCUCGAAGGCGAAAGAACUACCAUCAAACUCGACGACAUCGAACACCGUGAACGGUACUGGUUCCGGCAGCAAUAUCGGCAACGGACAUAUACCCCUAAAGCGCAGCUAUACCUCCCUAAUGACUACGCUUAUCGAGCACCAUCGUAAAUUGGAUCGCAGCGUCAGCGAGCCUACGUCACGCUAUAAGACGGAGCUUUGCCGACCGUAUGAGGAGAACGGCUCAUGCAAGUAUGGCGACAAAUGCCAGUUCGCGCACGGUUACAGCGAGCUGCGCAACCUCGCCCGCCACCCUAAGUACAAGACCGAAUUAUGCCGCACCUUCCACACGAUUGGCUUCUGCCCGUAUGGCCCGCGCUGCCACUUCAUCCACAACUUUGAGGAGGCGCGCAUACACAAUCAAAAAGUGAGCGCUCAGCUGGGCUCAACACAGCCGAACCUGGUCAGCCUGAACCCGCUGAUGAGCGCGGCGGCUGCCGUGGCUGCCACGUCCGGCAAUGCCGCCGCUAAUGUCACGAACAAUGGCGCAGCCAUCAAUCCCGUUAACUUGUUCGAGCAUCUCACAGCGUCGUCGCACGUGGCCGUAGCCGCCGCCGCUGCAGCAACUACUACUUCCGGUCUCAUGAGGACAAACUCGCUGAGCCUCGGCAGCAGCGGCGCGAACGGCUACAGCCAGCCGCCGUUGCUGCGAACAAACUCGUUGAGUCUGGCCACGAGCCAUCAUCAUGCGAUGCAUCAUCAUCAACACCAGCAGCACCAUCACCACCAUCAUCAGAUGAAUGCCGUGAAUUCAGUGAUCGGCGCGACGAAGCCGAAACCGCUCAACCUCAGUCCAACCUUCUCCCUCGGUAGCGCUGCUGACUCGGUCUCGCCGUCCUCUAGCUUGAGCCAGUCGCCGACGAACUCGAUGGCGAGCUUCUUCAGCGACGACUGCAGCCAGCAGACGGCAUCCUGCACGAAUCUACCAACCACGCCGUUCAGUUUCUCACGCCAGGACUUUGGGCUGCUCGCUACGAGACAGAGUCCGAGUCCGCGCAACAACAGUGUGUGCAGUCCGCUUGGCUCUGACGAGGUGACGCCCAGGACACCCUCGCCGUUGUCGCCUAACGCAGAGACCAGACUGCCGGUGUUCAACAGGAUCAGCAGCACCCUGAGCGAUCUUGAGAACCUCAAGAUCUAGAGCAGAGUCCUCGGGUGAACAGCGUGGAAGGGGCCGGGCAAUCGAUGACGACUGAUCCCGUUGCUCCUGGGAUUGGCAGAGAGGCGGGAUAGAAAGAAAGAGUGUAGCGGAAUUGUGGUAGAAGAGCAACAUGAAUCGAGGUGACGAAGAUAGUUUCCGCGCGGCAUUGGAGGUAUAAAAUGCGUCUUCUUUCUCUUUCGCACACGAAGAGUUCGCGUGACUUGGUGUCCCUUUGUCCAUCGGUUUUCUGAAAAAGUG